UUAUUUAUAUAUAUACAAAAUGGCAUAAUCAAUCAAGUAAUUUAAAAAAAUCUUUCAACAUCAAACCAUACGUUAUUUUUUGAGACUAAAACUAAACACUUGUAGAACUCGAUGGCUAGGGUAAAGGAAAGAGCUUAUUUAUAUUAGACGUAAAAAAUGACAAAAACUAGGUAAAUAGCAUGUUAGAAGUUGUUAGUUAAAGUAAAUUUACCCGGAAGAACCUACUGUAAAGUUGCAAGUUGAAUCGUGUAUAGAACUACUACUAUAUAGCCUGAAAUAUAUCGAUACUACAAAUACAACCCAACACUUUGCAGUGAGGACUCACUCAGCCAUAUCAGGAUUAGGACGGUAGCAUAUAAAGAUGAACAAAAAAUAGUGAAAAAAAUCUCGGACUUGUCUGGUCAAACGGUACAUAAGAUACCAUGCACUGAAAUAGGAAUGUGACUUCUUGCUGGCAAUGCUACGCGCGAGAGUAGCAUGAGCCAAGAUGAAACACAAGUGCGUAAGGAUCUAUUUACUGCCUGGUUCUUCGACCGUAGUUUUACUCGCGGAGGAAUUACAUUAAUCAAGUCUGAUCACAUGAUAUCCAGGGGUUGCCAUGUUGUCUUUUGUACUUAUCGAAAUUGAAAGAUUUCUUUUUCUCACAUCGUUACAAAAACACUGCAGUAAUGUAUCUAGCUGUUUGGGUUUGUCUGACAUGAUAUUGAAGCACACGAUUUAACUCAGUCGGCAUAGUCUAAAGGAGCUCUGGUAUUCGGACGUUUUGUGUACGAUCAAUUGCUGUAGAGGGAGGUCUAAAGAAGAAAAUGUCUGCAAUUUAAAUCCCUAACGGAAUUCAUGGCAACGGAAAUAUGUCAAAGAAGCCAACAUCCAAAACAAACGUCAAGCCAACAUCCAAAACUGAUGUUAAGGCAGCAUCCAAAACUGAUGCUAAGAAAACCUCCAAAACUGAUGCUAAGGACAAGUCCAAAACUAAUGUUAAGGAUGCGUCCAAAACUGACGUUAAGGACAGUUCUAAAACUGACGUUAAGGACUCUUCUAAAACUGAUGUCCCUUCAGCAUCAGAAGGCAAAACUGCUAAAGAGAAAGAUCCCAAGAAAACCACGUCACCCGAGCAGUCUGACGAUGAACCUCCGCAAGGCGGUCGUAAACGGCUCGGGUCCGUCUGGGACGCUCACGACACAUCGAAUCUACAGGAGUACUACCUCGGCACCAGGGAGGAGACCCACGGGGCGAUGCUGGAGGAGACGUACCCCAAAGAAUAUUCCGUUAUACAAUCCUACUCGUAUGAGUCAAUUCCCGAGGAGGAGGUGUUAGAGAAACAAUCAAGCGGAGAUAAAGAAAAGCCAAAGAAAGAGAAAGGCAAGGAAAAAGUUGAUAAAAAAGGCAAAGAAGCAAAGAAAGAAAAGCCCAAAGAAAAGAAAGAAGACGAUAAACAAACAAAAAAAGAAGACGAAGGCCAAGAAAAGAAAAAAGAUGACGAUAUCUGUAAAGAAAGAGAAAAAAAAUGUGAAGAUAUCUGUAAAGAAAGAGAAAGGAAAAAAGACGAUAUCUGUAAAGAAAGAGAAAGGAAAAAAGACGAUGUCUGUAAAGAAAGAGAUAAGAAAAAAGAUGACGAUCUCUGUAAAGAAAAAGAAAAGAAUAAGGAUGACGAUGACGAUGACGAUAUCUGUAAAUGUAAAGGAAAAAAAGAGAAAAAAGAAGACGUCUGCGAAUAUACGUGUAAGAAGAGAGAGUGUUGCCAUUUUUGCGAUAGGUGUGCAAAUCCCGAAAAGUACCAACAGCCGCUGCGGCGGAUAUACCCUCGCUUAGAGUAUUGUCUUAUCAAAUCUAUGCCCCCGUCAGCUUCCUCGUACGAGUUUCAAUCAGGUAGAAAUUUCUUCGACUACCCCAGUACGAGUUCUUACCCCGCCUACCGUGAAAACCAAUUCCAGCCCGAUUUUGACCACCAAGACGUUUCCUAUCAUUAUCGAGAUCAUUUCUGGCAGCAGAGAUACCUGCCCAGGACACAAGACACGCGCGGCUAUCCUUCAGAUUCGUACGAUCAAUUUCUUGUUCGUUCGGCUUCAGCAACAUCCGAACGGAAAGCCUACUCCCGCCAGCCUUUGAGAAACAGUAGUGAAAUAUUAAACAACCGCCAACCGGCAUACACGUCGCGGGGACACCUGGGCGCCUUGCCAUCUCAACAUCAAGGUUUCAGUUCACCAAGAAACGACUGGCGACCCGCACCCCAAAUGCUCUCGCGUCAAAAUACCUACUCGCCGCCUUCUGAUUGGAGGCCUGUACCAUUAAUGUCGUCAUAUCAAACCGUCCCUUCGGCUUCGUGUGCGUGGAGGUCUCCGCCUCAAGAGACUCAGCAAAUAAGUUCACGGUUCGCUGAUUGGGAAAACCCCAGUUCAUCAAGGGUAAGAGAUGCGCCUCAAGCUGGCUUUUCACCACUGAGAGAUGCCAGUUUCAGACAGCAUGCGGAGAUAUCAAGGCGUCAAGAUGACUACGGGCUGCGAGCAGAAAGUAGAGGACAGCUCACCUCAUACCCCACGAGAACAGAAGAUCCAUGUCAAAGGGCGUUUACACAGGGAACUGACUGGAAAGCGCAAAUUCAAGCGGCUUGUAAAAGCCCUCUUCAAUCUCCUUGUUACAUUCAAAUAGAACGGAUGUCUCCACGUCAAACUGCGUUCCCCCCUGAAAUAGAACGGAUACCUCCACGUCUAACUGCGUUCCCCCCUGAAAUUGGACGGAAAGCCCCUAUGAAAAGGGCUUGCUCCCCGGAAAUUGGAUGGCAUACCCCAUUGCAAAAUGCCUACUCCACUGAAAUUGGACGGAAAGCCCCUAUGAGAAGGGCUUGUACCCCUGAAAUUGGAUGGCAUACCCCAUUGCAAAAUGCCUACUCCACUGAAAUUGGACGAAAAGCCCCUAUGAAAAGGGCUUGUACCCCUGAAAUUGGAUGGCAUACCCCAUUGAAAAGUUCCUACGCCCCUGAUGUUGGACAGAAAGCCCCGAUGAGAAGGGCUUGUACCCCUGAAAUUGGAUGGCGUUCCCCAUUGCAAAGUGCCGGUUCCCCUGAAAUAGAGCUUCCAGCCGCAUGUCGAAAUGCUUGCUUACUACAACCAGGCCGGACAAGACCAUGAACGCCACACACUGCCUCACACAUUCACUCACACAUUCACUCACACAUUCAUUCACACAUUCACUCACACAUUCACUCACACAUUCACUUACACAUUCACUCACAUAUUCACUCACACAUUCACUCACACAUUCACUCACACAUUCACUCACACAUUCACUCACACAUUCACUCACACAUUCACUCACAUAUUCAGACAAAAUAUCUCACGGAUAGUAGCCGAGUGACUCAAAUCUUAACCUACGCACAAAUUUAAAAACCAUCAAGAAUGUAAUCAAAAUCAUCUGCUUACACCAGUCGUAUUUAAACAUUGACUCCGCCCAACGAUAAUGUACUUUCAAUAAAAAGGUAAAUAAUUUGAAGCUGAUAUCUUUAGAUAUGUUUAUGUUGUUAGACUAAAAAAAAUCUAAUAAAAAAAAUACUUGA